CCAGGGAUGACCAACUGGGGAUACAGGAUUUGCCUCAUCUGUAUUGCUGAAGAGAAUAGGGCAGAGCUAAGAGACCUCCCUGUGUAGACAAUUUCCAUGAUAUUUAUAAUUUCAGGCUUUGAAGCCUCUCUUUACGGUCCAUCUGCCACUCUGUGCCUGGAUUACUCUAAUACCCUGUGACCUCCUUGUAUACAGAUGGGGACCACAGAGGCCACCCUACGCAUGGAGAAUGUAGAUGUGGAUGUGAAGGAAGAAUGGCAGGACGAGGACUUUCCUAGGCCUCUUCCUGAAGACACAGGAAUGGACACUCUUGGCAGCCCAACAGAGGAUGACAUCACUUCCUCUCCACCGAGCACGUUAAAUAUCAGUGGGUCUCAUCAGAAGAGAAAAACUCUUGUGGCACCUGAGAUUAACAUAUCGCUAGAUCAGAGCGAGGGAUCACUGCUGUCCGAUGACUUUCUGGACACCCCUGACGACUUGGAUAUUAAUGUAGAUGACAUUGAAACUCCAGAUGAGACAGAUUCCUUGGAAUUUCUGGGCAAUGGAAAUGAACUGGAAUGGGAAGAUGACACACCUGUGGCAAGCGCAAAGAAUAUGCCUGGAGACAGUGCCGAUCUGUUUGGUGAUGGGGCCGUGGAAGAAGGUGGAGCUACCAAUGGUCGAUUGUGGAGGACAGUGAUAAUUGGGGAGCAAGAACAUCGUAUUGACCUACAGAUGAUAAAACCCUACAUGAAGGUGGUGACACAUGGAGGAUACUACGGAGAGGGGCUGAAUGCCAUCAUUGUAUUUGCAGCGUGUUGUCUCCCAGAUAGCAACUGUCCUGACUACCACUACAUCAUGGAGAAUCUGUUUCUCUAUGUCAUAAGCAGUCUGGAGCUUCUGGUAGCUGAGGAUUACAUGAUUGUGUACCUGAAUGGUGCCACACCUCGAAGGAGGAUGCCCGGCUUAGGAUGGCUAAAGAAAUGCUACCAGAUGAUUGACAGGAGACUACGAAAAAAUUUGAAAUCUUUAAUAAUUGUGCAUCCUUCAUGGUUCAUUCGGACAGUGCUUGCCAUCUCAAGGCCAUUUAUCAGUGUGAAGUUUAUAAAUAAGAUCCAAUAUGUACACAGUUUGGAGGACUUGGAGCAGAUUAUCCCAAUGGAGAAUGUUCACAUCCCUGAAUGUGUCUUGCAGUAUGAUGAAGAAAGAAUCAAAGCCAGAAGGGAAAGGUCAGAAGAAAAGCAAGAGUCUAUGGAAGUUGGAAGCAUGCCACAGGGUGAAAAUGUGUUCUGCAAGUAAAACCACAGACUACGGAAUCUCUUCUUGAGAUACCUUCUUCCUUUAUGGCGGUUUGACCCUGCACUUUAAUCAUUUUAAAGGGAACCACACUGAUUUUAAUCAAUUUAUGACAGAGCAUCCAUUCAUGUCUUCUUGCUUGUAUGACAGUACAUCUAUAUUUUUGAAGGAAAAUUUAAAUUCUUCAGUAAACCAACAUUAAUGCCUGAUUUUUCAUCAACAAGACAUUAUAACUGACUAAAUAUUGAUGCUAGGAGUUGGGAAAUAACAAUCGUACUUUUAAGAAAUAACUCCUUGGAAAGUUUCCAUUCAUUACAAGUGAAUAUUUCUUUUCUAAAGAGAGUAUACUAUGAACAUACAUAUUAGAGUACAACUGUGUCAAACUAACCGUCACUUAAAGAAAACUAGAUUGCUGAAAAUUUAGAACAUUUGGACGUUGUAUAUAUAUUUUUUCUUAAAAAGCCUCUUGUUUCAUGGUAUUAUGCAUAAACAGUAUUCCCACCCUUGUAAGCACCCUUGGAUAUGUCUUAAAUACAGCUAAUACAUGUUCGUAAUACACAUAUUUAAUACAGGACCUUAAAAAAAGCACCAAGGAAAUAAAAAUGUUCCUGUUUACAAGUAUUUUAGCUAUGGAAUUAAUCUGGAUGCUGUUUGUAAACAGGAAUUACUCUCAGAAGGUACACGCACUGCACAAUAAAGAUGGACGCUACCUCUAAUCAUUUCUUUGAGUUUUCUAUAGCUUUUGAGUCUGCAUUUGAAGACUCUAAUUAAAGCACUUUGUGGCUGAUUUGAAUACAAAUAAAUUGUAUAUAAAAAGCAGAACAAAAACCGCAGCUUAAAUGGAAAUAUAAAUAUUAUCCUUUUAGUUCUAUGAUGAUUUUCCAGAAUUGUAUUAGUUUGUAACCAGAGCAGAACAAUUCCCUUAAGCUGUAGAAUAAUAGUUUUAAAAUUUGACUGUGUGUCCCAACUUUUUAAUGUAGUCUAGCUGUUUUACCAUUUUUACUUGCUCCUAGCUUUAAGGGGACACUAAACCCAAAUAUGUUAUUUCAUUAUUUAGACAGAGCAGGCAAUUUUAAGCAACUUUCUAAUUUACUCCUAUUAUCAAUUUUUGUUCUCUUGCUAUCUUUAUUUAAAAAGCAGGAAUAUAAAGCAUAGGAGCCGACCCAUUCUAGUUCCAGCACCCUGGAUAGCAAUUUCUAAUUGGUGGCUAUAUUUAGCAAACCAAUAAGCAAGCGUAACCCAGGUUCUGAACCAAAAAUUUAUUUUUCAAUAAAGAUA